CACACCUCUCUUGCUUGGAACGCAAACACAAAAAAUAAAAAGCGUUCCUCUUCUUCCCUUUGUCUACCCACGUAUUUCUCACUCUGAGCUCGCUCCUCAAAUCUCCUUAACCAUGGUUGAACGCAGCAUUUUGAUAGGGUUGGCGUUGGCGGCGAUUGUGGCGGUGGUGGUGGUGGAGGGGGACUCCUCGGUGAAGACACUGGUGAAGACGGUGAAGGGAAAGAAGGUGUGCGACAAGGGGUGGGAAUGUAAGGGGUGGUCGGAGUUCUGCUGCAAUUUGACGAUUUCGGACUAUUUCCAGACUUACCAGUUCGAGAACCUCUUCUCCAAGCGCAACUCGCCGGUGGCCCACGCCGUCGGCUUCUGGGAUUACCGCUCAUUCAUCCUCGCCUCUGCGGUCUACCAGCCGCUUGGCUUCGGCACCACCGGCGGCAAGGUCAUGCAGAUGAAGGAGCUGGCCGCAUUCCUCGGCCACGUCGGCUGCAAAACUUCAUGUGGGUACGGAGUGGCCACAGGAGGGCCAUUGUCCUGGGGUCUCUGCUACAACAAGGAAAUGAGCCCCAGUAAGUCAUACUGUGACGAUUUCUACAAAUACACCUACCCCUGCACGCCUGGUGCCGACUACUAUGGCCGUGGUGCAUUGCCUAUCUUCUGGAACUACAACUAUGGAGCAACUGGAGAAGCCUUGAAGGUGAAUCUGCUGGACCAUCCGGAAUACAUCGAACAAAAUGCUACCUUAGCCUUCCAGGCUGCAAUUUGGAGGUGGAUGACCCCAGUUAAGAAGUCACAGCCUUCUGCACAUGACGUCUUUGUUGGCAACUGGAAGCCCACCAAGAAUGACACUUUGGCCAAGCGGGUGCCUGGUUUUGGAACCACAAUGAACAUUCUGUACGGGGACCAGGUUUGCGGGCAGGGCGACGUUGAUUCCAUGAACAACAUCAUCUCCCAUUACCAAUAUUACCUCGACCUGUUGGGUGUUGGUAGAGAACAGGCAGGACCCCACGAAAACGUCACCUGUGCUGAGCAGAUUGCAUUCAACCCAUCCUACACUGCAUCCUCUUAAGCUCCAUAUGAUCACCCUUUGGAUGGAUUAUGAAAUAAGAAAGGGCAAGUAAGAUUGUAAGAGAUGUGUGAAGUUAGACAUGACAGGUGUUAUAAGGUGUGGAUUCAGUUGCUGCUGCGCGCUUCUGUCAUUUAUGUGUAGAUUUUGGUGUUCAUUUUGUGUAAUGUGUAGUCAUUAAAUAUGAAUUGUAUGAAGCAUUUUAUUCAUAUAUAUUUGUUUCAACUGUGAAGACCUUUCAGAAGUUGCAGUGUGCCUGAAAUGGUAGUAGUAGAGGAACCAAUGGUCUAUAAUGGAAACCUCAAAGAUGAGUUAUUCACAAUAAAUGAUGGUGUGAUACCUGAAGGAACAUCAAAUUCUUUGUCUAA